CUUCCGGUCUUGUCACUUCCGGAAUAUAGUCUAGUUGCCCACCGAGAACCGCUAACCUUAUGUUCAACUGUUCCCUGUGCACGACGUUUUACUAGGUAGUUUAAUGUCAAUGAUAGCGUAAAACAUGUCGCUUUCUACUGCACGAUCCUUUCUGUCAGAGGCUGGCUAUGGGGAACAAGAACUAGAUGCCAAUUCUGCUCUCAUGGAGUUGGACAAAGGAUUGAGGUCGGGGAAGCUUGGGGAGCAAUGCGAGGCCGUGGUGCUAUUCCCCAAACUCUUUCAGAAGUAUCCUUUCCCCAUCCUCAUCAACUCUGCAUUUUUAAAACUGGCAGACAUUUUCAGGCUGGGGAACAACUUCCUGCGUCUGUGUGUGUUGAAGGUUACUCAACAGAGUGAGAAGCAUCUUGAGAAGAUUCUCAACGUGGAUGAGUUUGUCAAAAGAGUCUUCUCUGUCAUCCACAGCAAUGACCCAGUGGCCAGAGCCAUCACUCUGAGGAUGCUUGGUAGUUUGGCUUCCAUCAUCCCUGAAAGGAAGAAUGCCCACCACAGUAUCCGUCAAAGUUUGGACUCUCAUGACAAUGUGGAAGUAGAGGCAGCCAUCUUUGCUGCUGCCAGCUUCUCUGCACAGUCAAAAGACUUUGCAGCUGGAAUUUGCAACAAGAUCAGUGAGAUGAUUCAAGGCCUGGACACCCCGGUAGACCUGAAGCUGAAGCUGAUCCCCAUGCUGCAGCACAUGCACCACGACGCCAGCCUGGCCUCCAGCAGCCGCCAGCUACUACAGCAGCUGCUCACCUCCUACCCCUCCACACCCCUGGUCAUUGUCAGCCUACACACCUUCACACAACUGGCUGCCUCCUCUCUGGUUGACAUCCCCAAACAGUUGGAGCUGCUUCUUCAGUACCUGAAGGAGGACCCCAGGAAGGCUGUCAGGAGACUGGCCAUCCAGGACCUGAAGCUCCUGGCUAAGAAGGCUCCCCAUCUCUGGACCCGGCAAAACACCCAAACUUUGUGUGAGUGUGCCCUGAGUAUCCCCUACAACAGCCUCAAGUUGGGCAUGCUGUCUGUGCUCUCAACGCUCUCUGGAACCAUCGCCAUCACACAAUACUUCAACUCUGGAACGGGAGGUUCUUCUGCCUCUCCCCGGCUCACUGACCUGGUUAAGCUGGCCGAGGAAUGUUGUUACCACAGCAACCUGGCAGUGGCCGUUCAUGGAGUCACUGUGCUUGCCAACAUCUCCAUUUCCUGUCCGGAGAAAGACAUGGUUCAGCUGGAGCAGGACACAGUGAUGGGGGUCGAGUCCCUGCUGUUGCUCUGCAGUCAGGACGACUCCCCCAGCGCUCAGGCCACACUUAAGACGGCCCUCACCUCCUUGGUUCGGCUUCUGAAAAGUCGACCUCACCUCAGCCAAGCUGUGGUGGAGUUCCUGCUGAGUCAGCUGCACUCCGCUCACGCCUGCUCCCGCGUUGUCAUGUGCCACGCUCUGGCUGCCAUUGCCACUCACCUGCCUGUCCUGGGAGAGGCCAUGCUGGGAGACCUGGUGGACCUGUACACAGUAGCCAGCCAGUCGUCCGCCGACAAACAGCAGGAACUCCUGGUUUCCUUGGCGACGGUGGUGUUCGUGGCCGGCCAGGCGUCCCUGUCGGCCGAGGUGAAGAUCCUGAUCAAGCAGCAGCUGGAGGACGUGGCCAACGGCUGGACGGUUUACCGCAUCGCACGACAGGCCUCGCGCAUGGGCUGUCACGAGUUCUCCAGCGAGCUGUACCAGAGCCUGCGCACACGUGUGGCCUCCGAGCACUUCUACUUCUGGCUCAACAGUCUGAAAGAGUUCUCUCAGGCCGAGCAGUGUCUGAGCGGUCUGAAGGAUGGAGACUACAGCGCUGCCAUGACGGCCAUUGCCGAGGCGCUGCGCUCUUACCAGAAGGGCAUCGCCUCUCUCACGGCAGCCAGCACCCCCCUCAGCCCGCUGGCGUUCCAGUGUGACUUUGUGAAGCUGCGUAUCGACACCCUGCAGGCUCUGUCCCAGCUCAUCUGCACCUGCAACAGCCUGAAGACCAGCCCUCCGCCCGCCAUUGCCACCACCGUAGCCUUUACCUCGGGCAACGAGCUGCAGCGCUGCGGACGCAUCUCCCAGCAGAUGCGAGUGUCCAUGGACGAGUUCAGGGGCCUUGCAGCUCGCUAUGCUGAUCUGUACCAAUCUUCCUUUGAUGCCGACUAUGCCACCCUCCGUAAUGUGGAACUCCAGCAGCAGAGCUGUUUGCUCGUCUCCCACGUGAUCGAGGCUCUGAUUCUGGAUCCUCAGGCUGCCAGUUUUCAGGAGUACGGCACCCUGGGUUCGGUGCAGACGGAGAGCGAGUACGAGAGGAGGAUGAUGUCAGUCUUCAAUCACGUCUUGGAGGAAGUGGAGAGCCUCAGCAAGAAGCACCCUCCUGUUUCCUACCAGCAUACUGGCUGUCUGUGUGAUGCAGUCAUAGCUCUCCUCAAGGUCCCAAUGUCCUUCCAGAGGUACUUCUUCCAAAAGCUACAGUCAACCAGUAUUAAGCUCGCACUUUCUCCAUCCCCUCGAACACCGACCGAACCGAUCCCGGUCCAAAAUAAUCAUCAGCUGACUCUGAAGGUGGAGGGCGUGGUGCAGCAUGGCUCCACCCCUGGGAUGUUCCGGAAGAUCCAGUCAGUCUGCCUCAACGUCAGCUCCACUCUGCAGAGCAAGACUGGGCCCGACUACAAGAUUCCUCUGGACAGUAAAACCAAUGAGAUUGAGCAACGGGUAGAGCCCCAUAAUGACUACUUCAGCACCCAGUUCCUGCUCAACUUCUCCAUCCUGGGCAGUCACACAGUCAAUGUGGAGGCCUCAGUGGUGGAUGAGAGUGGCAUUGAGUGGAAAUCUGGGCCCAAGACCACUGUGUCUGUCAAAUCCCUGGAGGAUCCUUACUCACAGCAGCUCCGCCACCUGCAGCAGCAGGCUGGGCCCCAGCCAGCCCCGCAGAGAAGCGUGUACACUCGCUUCCAGUAAUUCACCAGCACUGUACAUAGUCCCCCUAGGACCUUGGUAGUAUUGUUAAAGCCUGUUUAGACUUCACAUUAUUUGUGUGCAUUUUGCCAGUACAGUCAGAAUCCCAUUUUUGAUAUUCACAUUGAUUAAAAGACCACGUUUAAUUAUU